UUCACGUCGUCUGUAUGAAUGCAUGUUGAUGAAGAGGAAGACGACAGCUCCACGAAUAACAUGAUAGUGAUGAUGAAGAUGAUGCAUUAACUUGGAGGCUCAUAAGUCUUCAUCACUUAUCCUUGUCCCCUUACGUUGUACGUGACGUAAUCAGGUGACAUUUAAUGCUUCCAUGAAGACGGUGGCUGCGUGAACUUUGUGACGUCAUGUGGACGCUGACAGAGGACGAGAAGCUUGGCGUGGCCAUCUUCAACUUCCGGAGUUGCGUCCCUCACACGUUGACGUUGGAGCUCGGCGAGAGCGUUCGCAUCCUGGAGAAAUGCCAAGGAUGGUUCCGAGGAUACUCGUGCAGGAGGUCAAACGUCAAAGGAAUUUUCCCGUGCAGUUACAUACACGUGAAGAAAUGUGCCGUCACCAAUAAAGGAUCCCGGGAGGCCGCAGUGCCCGUUGAAGACGCAGUCGUUACCGAGGUGACGUCCACGCUUCGGGAAUGGGCGUCGCUGUGGAAGCAACUCUACGUGAGACACAAGGUGGAUUUGUUUUUCCGAGUGGCUCACGUGAUGUCCGAGCUGAUGGAACUGAGGAGGCAGCUGACGACGAUGGCGCAGCUGACGGAGCAACACGAACGAGACAUCAAAAGACACAUGACCGCCAGACUAGACUGGGGAAACGAACAUUUGGGUUUGGACUUGGUGCCAAGAAAAGAGUUUGAGAUGGUGGAUGAAGAUAGGGUCAGCGUCUCGGAUCUUUACAAGAUGCAUCUCAGCAGCAGAAACAACGUUCAGCACAACUCACAGCCCAACUCAAAUCCUCAACAGAGGCCCGGUGGCGGCCACCAGUGGAGAGCUCCAGUAGCGCACCACUUGCUCCUCAACCUGAAGAGUUUCACCUCCAACAACAUCGGAGAAGACAGCGACAUCUUCUUUUGGCUCUAUGACUUGAGGGAGGGAAAAAGCAUCAGUGAAAAGUUCCUGGUGAGACUCAACAAAAACGGAGGGCCCAAAAAAUCCGAGAAGGUGGACAAGCUGCGCACUCUUUUCACGGACUUGAGCAACAAAGAUAUGAAGAGAGAUCUCUACAUUGUCUCACAAGUGAUUCGCACAGGGAGAAUGUCGCUGAACGACCACAAAAAAGGUCCCCCACACGUCCGAUACCGCCGGCCUUACGGCUGCGCUGUUCUCGCCAUGAGCGACGUCCUGCAAACCAUCUCCGAGCUGAAAGACGAGAAAGACUUUGUACUCAAAGUGUACAUGUGCAACAACGAGAGUGAAUGGUACCAAAUCCACGAGAACAUCAUCCGCAAGUCCAGUACCAAAUACUCAGCGCCCGGAAAUAACUACGGGCUCAUCAUCUCAUUGCGGCUGCUGCGCGGCGACGUGGAGGAGCUCCAGCGUGAAAACAAAUGGAUGUCAAGCGGGAGCGUGACCCUGACGCGCAAGCUCGGCUUCCCGGACGUCAUCAUGCCGGGUGACAUGCGUAACGACUUGUACCUGACGCUGGAGCGAGGAGACUUUGAGAGAGGAGGAAAAAGCGUCCAGAAGAACAUUGAAGUUGGCGUUUCCCUUCUCAGCGCCGAUGGAGAAGUUGUACAGGACUGCAUCAGCGUGGGUUGCGGCGAGCCCAACGUGACGGAGCAUCGCUCCUUGGUGCUUUACCACAGCAACAGCCCUCGAUGGAGCGAGGCCAUCAAACUUCCCGUCCCCGUCGACCGAUUCCGAGGCUGUCACCUCCGCUUCGAGUUCCGACAUUGUUCCACCAAAGACAAAGGAGACAAGAAACUCUUUGGUUUUUCCUUCACGCCGUUGAUGAGGGACGACGGGACCACGCUGUCUGAUCAGAGCCAUGAACUCUUCGUUUACAAGUGUGACGAGAACAGCACCUUGUGUAACCCCGGCCUCUAUCUGAGCCUGCCGUGUUGCAAAGACCACUUGAGUCCAGGACUUCCCAGCAUGGCCUUUCAACGCAGCACCAGGGAAACCUUCUGGAUUUCCACCCAGCUCUCUUCCACCAAGCUCACUCAGAAUGUGGACCUGCUGGCUCUGCUCAAGUGGAAAGCUCAUCCCGACCGAGUGGGCGACAUCCUCGGUCGUUUGCGACACGUCAGCGGAGAGGAAAUCGUCAAGUUCCUUCAAGACAUUCUGGACACGUUGUUUUCCAUUCUGGAUGACAACACCGACAAAUAUGGCCCUCUGGUCUUUCAGUCUCUGGUUUUCGUCAUCAAUUUGCUGAGGGACAGCAAAUAUUUCCAUUUCCGAGCAGUCAUGGACACGUACAUUCACAAGCACUUUGCAGGCGCUUUGGCUUACAAGGAGCUGAUCCGAUGUCUCAGGUGGUCCAUGGAGCGUUCGGCGGAGGCGGUGCGCCAGGAUCACAUCCAGGACGUAAUGCGGGCACUGGAGUAUCUGUUCAAGUUCAUCAUUCAGUCUCGGAGUCUUUACUCUCGCGCCACCUGCGGGAUGGAGGAGGAGCAGUUUCGCAACAGCAUCCAGGAGCUCUUUCAGUCCAUCCGCUUUGUUCUCAGUCUGGACCGUCCCACCUGUGAGACCCUCAUCUUCACUCAGGUGGCCGUGUUGAGCUCCUUGCCGGCCAUCUUUGAUGAGCUGCUGCAGAUGUUUUCGGUGCAAGAAGUGGCAGAAUUUGUGCGCGGCACUUUGGCCAGUUUGCCGUCCAUGCUUCACAUUCCGGGACAUUCCGUGGACGCCGUCAAGUUGCAGUCCAUCGCUCGCACUGUGGACAGCAGGCUCUUUUCUUUCCCAGAGUCUCGACGGAUUCUACUGCCCGUGCUUCUUCAUCACAUUCAUCUCCAUCUCAGGCAUCAGAAAGAACUGCUCAUGUGUUCUGGGAUCCUCACUUCUCUUUUCUCAAUCAUCAAGACCAGCUCGUUGGAUGCGUCGGUGCACGAAGAGGUGGAAAUGAUGGUGGAGUCUCUGUUGGAUGUCCUGCUGCAGACCUUGCUGUCAAUCAUGAGCAACAGCCAAUCACAGGAGGCGGUAAGAGGUCAUCGCUGUCCACAGUGCACCGCCGAGACCUCUGGAGAGUUUGUCUCCUGCCUUCUGUCCCUCCUCCGUCACAUGACUGACAUCCACUUCCAACACCUGAUGGAGAACUUUCAGAGCAAAGACGUACUCAAGGAGUUCAUGAUGAAGAUUUGGUGCGUGUUCCGAAACCUGAUGAAGCUGAGCAUUUUCCCGCGCGACUGGAACGUGAUGAGGCUCCUGACCAGCCACAUCAUCCUGAGCACGGCGCAGCGCCUCGCACCCUUUCAGCUCAAGAACUUUGUCGGAGCUGACUUUGACUUCAAGGUAUGGAGCUCCUACUUCAGUCUGGCAGUUUUAUACAUCAACCAGCCCAGUUUGCAGCUGGAAAACAUGAGUCCAUCCAAAAGGAAGAAGAUCUUUGACAAGUACGGAGACAUGAGGGUGACCAUGACGUACGAACUCUUCAGCAUGUGGCAGAACCUUGGCGAAAACAAAAGACAUUUCAUCCCCGGGAUGAUCGGCCCGUUCUUGGGCGUCACGUUGGUGCCUCAGGCGGAAGUCCGAAACAUCAUGAUCCCAAUCUUCCACGACAUGAUGGACUGGGAGCAGCGUAAGAAUGGAAACUUCAAACAGGUGGAGGCCGAGCUGAUCGACAAGCUGGACAGUUUGGUCUCGGAAGGAAAAGGCGACGACAACUACCGGGAACUCUUCAGUUUGCUAACUCAGCUCUUUGGGCCGUACCCCAGUCUGUUGGAGAAGAUCGAGCAGGAAACGUGGAGAGAGACGGGGAUCUCUUUCGUUACUUCGGUCACGCGACUGAUGGAACGUCUACUGGACUACAGGGAUUGCAUGAGAGGAGAUGAAACGGAGAACAAGAAGAUGGGCUGCACCGUCAACCUCCUGAACUUCUACAAAUCGGCGCUCAACAAGGAGGAGAUGUAAAUCCGACACACACUCGCGCGCGAUGGCGACUGCAUAUGUGCGUGUUUGCGAUGUGGAUCCACAGAGGCGGCGUUCACGCUCUUGUUGUACUGGGAGUUGCUGCAGUGGGAUGAGCGGCCAACGAAAGAACUUCUGCAUUAUCCCGCUCAGUCCGAGUGGCAGCGCAAGGAGGCGCUCGGCCGCAAGUUGGUCCACUACUUCGGCAAAGGGAAGUGUUGGGAGUUUGGGGUUCCUCUGUGCAGGGAGCUGGCCUUCCAGUAUGAAUCCUUGUACGACUAUCAGAGCCUCAGCUGGGUUAAGAAAUUGGAGGCCGCCUAUUUUGACUACAUCAUGGAGCAACAACGUCUGGAACCCAAAUUCUUCCGGGUGGGAUUCUACGGCAGGAAAUUCCCCUUCUUCCUCAGGAAUAAGGAGUUUGUGUGUCGCGGUCAUGACUACGAAAGACUUGAGGCCUUUCAGCAACGGAUGCUGGGAGAGUUCCCGCAAGCCAUCGCCAUGCAGCACCCGAACCAACCCGACGAAGCCAUUCUGCAGUCUGACGCCCAGUACCUCCAGAUUUACGCCGUCACGCCGGUUCCCGAAGCUGUCGAUGUCCUUCAGUUGGACCGAGUCCCCGACCGCAUCAAAAGUUUUUACCGGGUCAACAACGUUCGGCGUUUCCGUCACGACCGACCUUUUCAUAAAGGACCCAAAGACCGAGAUAAUGAGUUCAAGAGUCUUUGGAUCGAGAGGACCACUCUGAUCCUUGCCCAUUCUUUGCCUGGAAUUUCACGCUGGUUUGAGGUGGAGAAGAGAGAGCUGGUGGAGGUGAGUCCGCUGGAAAACGCCGUCAGCGUGGUGGAGAACAAGAACCAGGAGCUGCGCACGCUGAUCAGCCGCUAUCAGCUCAAGCAGCCGCACAGCAACAACGUCAACCUUCUCAGCAUGACGCUCAACGGAGUGGUGGACGCCGCCGUCAAUGGCGGCAUCGCCAGAUACCAGGAGGCUUUUUUUGACAAGGAUUACAUCAGCAGCCACCCGCAGGACGGCGACAAGAUCACACAGCUGAAACAUUUGAUGCAGGAGCAGGUUCACGUCCUGGGAGCCGGCCUGGCUGUGCACGACAAGCUGGUGCAUCCCGAAAUGCGGCCGCUGCACAAGAAGCUGGUGGAUCAGUUCCAGGUGAUGAAGAGCAGCCUCUGCCAUGCUGCGUCGCAGGCUUCCGACCAAGCGGACUCCGCCAGAGGGAUUGCAGGACCCGACGGCUUCAACGUGCACCGACACAGCGAGACGGGAAACGUUGGCAAUAUGCUCAUCUUGGCCGACGGUGAAGACUUCUACGGCAUUCAGGCAAACCACUCCUCCUCCAGCCUGAGCUCCACCCACUCGGCACCCUCUCACUUCAUCAGCUUGGCUCUGUCAACGCACAAAGAAAAGAGCAGGAAUAGAGAAACUCUGAUGCUGUUGCCACUGCAGCGAGAGCGCCCCAACAGCGUCAUGUACCAAAACUUUGGCGAAGAUGGACAGAGACUGUUUCUUCACCCGCUGAUCAGUCCAGCUUGUAAACCCUGCAGCGACCCCAACCUGUCCUUCUCCGACAAAGUUGUGGCCGUGCCCAGCAGUUGGAGUUUGGACAGCGCGAGCAGAGAAGCCGUACCCGUUCUGUCCGCUCACGUCGGCGGCGGCGCGGCACCUCCCGUUCCUCCGCGGAAUGCGCCAGCGCAUGGCCGACACCUGUCGAUGCACUUUGCCGCUUUCCACCACCAACUCGGUGACCUCCCUCCUGCCCUCCCUAUACGCUCCCUAAAGUCUCGCCUGCAGUGUUCCCUUGCUUUGCCCACCAGUCCAGCGUCCAUCCCGGAUGGCACUAACUUCACCCUAUCAGACAGCAGCAGCAGCAGCAGCAGUAAUAGCAGCAGCGUGGGGGUCUUCACCCUAAGCCAAAGUAACUCAAGUGACAUCCCCGAGUCAGCAGCCAGCCAGGCUGAGCAGGGGGACCCUCUCUCGCCUUCCCGACUCAUGGGCUACAACGUCUCAGACCUGCUUUGUAUGAGCCCCUCCGCGCCCCAGUCUCAAGGCUCGGCCAUCUGCCGAGAAGGACUGCCACCACGCUGCCAACAUCUCCACUACAUCCCCACGCACUCGCCUCUCGACUGGCCCCCCGAACCUCCUCCUGCUGCUCGACCGUGCAAACCUUACUCCAGGGAAGGGGGUGUCCCUAAGGACAGCGGGCCUGCAUCCGCACUCGUGGCCGGCAACAAGUCACGGCCGCCGUUUGCUGGCCCCCAGCAGGCCAGAGUGGGGUGGGCAUGUGGCCUCACUCAGGAGUGACCUAACCUGCUCACAUGGGAAAAAGAACAUCUGCACCCAAUAACCAAACUAGAGUAGCAUCCACUGGUGGCUGGCUAAUACUCACCACUCACCACAUGACCUUGAAUAAAGGUCCACACUUUGAUAGAAUUUUUUUUCACUGAGUAGGAAAAAUAUCUAGUUAAUGAGAUUAACUAAAUGUUUCAGCUGUAGGCGCAAAUGGUACGGGGGGGGGGGGUGUCCCGUACUGCAGCCCCGCUAAUUAUUUUGACCUCGAUCUUGCUGGCCAGCCCACCUUCACGUCUACAUCACCUCCCAUCUCAUCCAAUCAUUUACAACCCUGUUACCAUUUCCUUGAAUUUGAAUCUGAAAAAGAUUAAAAAGAUUUUCACAAGGGUU